AUGUGUUUUAUUGUCGAACACGUCCAAAAGUUGAAUGCUGAUAUCGAAACACUUUUUAAUACACCCAAUGCAAAGGCAUCCCUCGAGUAUCUCUAUGAACGACUCGGCGCUAACACCUCCGAUACAAGCGAGUCUACGUUCGAAUCGUUGGCUUUGCUACUUAAACGAUCAAUUCUGAACAUAACUUUAGACAAUAAUACAAUUCCCACUUCUGAGAGAAUACUAUGCGCAUUAGGCGGCAUGGAAGAACAUGUACACAAACAUUGGAAAAUCGAUGUGGAUAACGACAACAGUAGAAUCGCAGAAGGGCUAAAAAUGAUGGAGUGGAUGUUCCUGGCCAAGGUUUUGGUUGCGGUAUAUGCGAACGUGCUUGAAAACAUUCUGGAUGCUAUCCUACCGCUAUAUGAUGAUAUCAGUUACUGGCAAGAAUGCGAAGGAAGAUCUUUAUGGAUACUUGGGCAUUUUCUACAAACAACUCCACAUCGUGUAUACGGCCUCAGUCUCGAUGUCUUCCAUAAUCGGUCUUCUCGGUCUUUGUCCUCGAUGUUAUCUUCCACCAAUCUGCUGCACCUCUUUCCUUCUUACCUUCAAAGGCAUUACAUAGCUCAUCCAUCUCAUAAUAUCUUAUCGUUAACAAAAUUGGAAAUAAGACAUAAAAAGAAAUUUUUAAAGGACGUCAUGGAUUAUUACGCGACAAUUCUGGGACUAUUGGUGAGAAAGGGACCGGAAUUUGAAGAUUAUACUGAAGAAGAUAAGGAAAGAGUGCAUAAAAUCGUGGCAUUCAAAGUGAUGAAGGGAAUAGUGAUCAUUGAACGAGUGCUAUUGCAAGCGAGAGAUGUUGGACUGGAGAAAGACAAUAUGCCUGAUGCUGAAGAUGCGUUCUUAUAUUAUGAAGUAUCGGAGCCACCCUCUUUCCUAUCCUGCUACACUCAUAUACGUUCCAUCCUCACGACCCAUUUACCUGCUUAUCGUUCUACAAACCAGAUGAUCCACACCACUUACGGCCGACCUUCCGCUAUCACACGCUACUGGCUUCCUUCAAUUAGUGUUCUCAUUUUCGGUACUAAACUCACACGCUACGUGACUGGUCAUCAACAGAAAAUAAAGAUUCUGAUCAAUAAUGCCGCAGAAACGUUGGAAAAAUUUUGGGCAGACUGGGUCUGGCAGCCAGUUGUGGGAAUCAUAGAGACUAUUCGACAUCGUGAAAGGCGCCUGGCGGUUAUGGGAAAGAACAGUCUGAAAGCCGAUUUAGAGUCUUUAGAGCGUAUGGUUAUAGACUUUGCAAAGAAGCGAAAUAACUUGACAGAAGAACAAUUGGCUGAGCUGACCGAAGAAGUCAGAGAAGGUGAUUUGUCAAUUGUAUUGAGGGCCUAUGAGAACGAAUUACAGAAACCACUCAGAUCUGUCGUUCAAGGAAAACUGCUUCGAACGUUCUUGAUUCAAAUCCAGAAAACCAAAGUUGAUAUGGACACAGCAAUGUCUGCGCUGGACAAACUUUUGAAAUCCAAUGAGCUGAACUUUGCAUUCUUAGCCGUUGGUCCCAGUUUGUUUAUUGUAUAUAUUGCAUCAUCGUGGUUGGGCAAUAGUCUGUUGGGAAUACGUGGAUGGUGGGCCGGAAAUCAACGAAUAAGGGUAGCCUUAGGACAAUUAGAAAGAGUUUUGAUUCGGAAAGAUCAUCCUCUUUACAUGACCGAAGGACUAGUUCUCGCGAAAGCUCACCUGUUACACACGUAUGGGACCCAUCUGCCGAAACGUAGAAAUAUUCGAGCGGGUUUCUUGGAAGAUGUCAGAGAUCUUGAAGAUCCUGACUUGACUCCUGAACAGAAAUUACUCCUCUGUGAAAGGAUGUGGAGAUAUUGGAGUUUUCUCAGAGACGAUAAAUAA